AUGGCUGCUAUCACGAUAGGAGAAGCACGAGCAAAGCUCAACACACCUAGCCCAGGGUUUUCGGAGGCACUGCGGGCACGACCUUUCCCUGAUCUUACUGGCGGUGAUCCGAACGCCAGACGUGGCGUAGAGAUUCGCCAGAAUCGUAAAGAUCAUCUCCAACGUAUCCGACACCUCUACACAAUACCGGGACCCAUUCCCGAUCAUGUCCGGGAAUACGAACACCACAUCACUGCGCGAGAUGGCCAUCGGUUACGUCUGUUGAUAUAUGUGCCUGUCCAAAAGCCAGAUGCUGGUUCUCCUCUGUUUACUUUCCACGAAGGUGGCUGGUCGCUCGGUGAUGUAUCUGAUUGCAAUCAGGAGUGCAGGAUGUUUGCUCGUGAUCUAGGCUGUGUCUGUGUGAAUGUCGACUACCGGCUUGCGCCAGAGUACGCAUUUCCAACAGGUGUGCUGGAUGCUUGGGAUGCUGUCAAAUGGGCGGCAGCAACAGCAUCGCCAUCGUCUGAGGUACUGCCGGCGGACCCGAAGCUUGGCUUUGUAGUCGGUGGCUCAUCUGCAGGGGCCAACUUCUCGGCUGUCAUCGCCCUGCUAUCUCGAGACGAGAAUCUGAGUCCGUCCAUUACUGGCCAAUGGCUCUCCGUGCCAGCUCUCCUCUGGCAUACAGCCACUCCAGACAAGUGGAAAGACAUUCUUCAAAGCCGCUACGAAGCAAAGUCCGAUCCAAUUCUGAACGUGCUUGCGCAAGCGUCUGCCAUCAUGGAAUGUCUCAAGCCAGAUCUCGGCAGUCCACUGUUCAGUCCCAUGCUCAACCCGAGCUUCAAGGAGCUAGCACCAGCUUACAUACAAGUCGCUGGUCUCGAUCCGGUGUUGGACGAAGGAAUACUAUACGAGCAAGAAUUGAGAAAGUGGGGAGUCACGACGAAGCUAGGUUACUACGGAGGCGUUCCUCAUAUGUUCCACUGCAAUUGGCCGGAGAUGCUAGUGGCUCGGAAGUAUGUGCAAGAUACUCUAGAAGGCGUCCGAUGGUUACUCGAAGUCGGCAGGAAACGAUAG